CUACAGUGCGACGGCGUGACGCCAGCCAUGCGCCAGUUGUAACAUUGUUGUGACUGCGUGGACUAUUAAGUAUUGCUAAUAUUCUCGUUUGUAUCAAAUACGAAACUUUACCGUGCAAUAUAUCUGCGGAUAUUUACGGCAAUGUUACAAAGUAAAAUACGUAAAAUAUUGUUGCAAAAAGUUAGAUCGUAAAACAUCCUCAGUAUUUUGAAAGGGGUGUGUGCUUUUGCCACUUGAGUGCCAUGUAUGUAGCGUGUGUAGAAAAUGAGCCUUGACCACACUCCUUCAGAUCAGAUCGACGACUAUUCUGUCCAACAGGAAAACGAGCUGGAAGCGCUCGCAUCCAUUUUCGGAGAUGAUUUUGAGGAUCUGCGGAAUAAACAUCCAUGGAAGGUUAAAAGGCCACCAGAGGUAUACUUGUGUUUGAGACCAAACGGGCUAAGCAACGUGAAAGAAUGUUACGUGACUGUGGAUUUGCAGGUCAAAUGUCCACCCACUUAUCCGGAUGUGCCUCCACAGUUGGAGUUGAAGAAUGCGAAGGGCCUCUCCAACGACAAUCUCCAAAGCCUCCAAGCUGAGCUGAAUAAGAUGGCAGCAGAGCGGUGUGGUGAGGUGAUGAUGUACGAGCUGGCGGGCCACGUGCAGGGCUUCCUGAGCGAGCACAACAAGCCUCCGUCCAGCUCGUUCCACGAGGAGAUGCUGAAGAACCAGCGCAGGCAUCAGGAGAGGCUGGCCCAGGAGGAGCAGCUAAGGCUGGCCCAACGCCGCAGACAGGAGGAGCAGAUGGAGAAAGAAAUCAUUGCUGAAAUCCAAAGACGAGAGGAGGAGAAACGAGAGGAGAAGAAGAGAAAAGAAAUGGCCAAACUAGAGCGGCUGGAGAGUUUGGAGCAGCCCCCUGCUGAUGUCAGUGUGCUGGCCUCGUCUCCCGGACCCCCCGCUGAGCUGCCUGAUCCUAGGAGAGCAGCCAGCAACCGCAGACGCACCAACUCCAACACACGCCACCGACGGGACACCUGCAGUGAGGACAGUCAGCGUCCACAGGAAGUGCUGCACUUCUGCAGCAACAGCCAGGGAGAGCUGGCGGUGCACAGGGGGAAGAGCCUGGGGGAGAGCGAGAGACUGGGACGGCAUGUGUACUACGGCUUUGAGGCCAACUCGGGAGAUUUUGUCGUGGUGUACGAGUGGAUUCUCCGCUGGAACAAGAAUAUUGGCAAGUUCUUAACCAGCCAAGAAAAGAGCAAGAUUGAGAACUGUAAAAAGCAGAUCCACGGAGCCGAGAGUGAGCUCAGCUCCCUGCUGAGGCUGCAGCACCCCCACCUGGUCCACUACCAGGCCCUGAGCUCCAGAGAGAGGGACGACUGCCUGGUGGUGGACCUGCUCCUGGAGCACGUCGGGGGGACCAGCCUGAGCCAGAGCCUGGCAAGCCAGACCCCCGUCCCUCUGGCCCAGCUUCGCCAGCACACCGCCCAGAUCCUGGCCGCCCUCGACUACCUCCACACCAGCUCGGUGGUCCACAAGGCCCUGGGGCCCUCCAGCGUGCUGCUGGACGCGCGGGGGGACGUCCGUCUGACGGACUACAGCUUGUCCAGGAGGCUGGCCGACGUCUGCAGGGAGGACGUGUUUGAGCAGGCUCACGUCCGCUUCUGCGAGGGCACGCUGCCCUCCAAGACGGGGAAGAAGGGAGACGUGUGGAGCCUGGGGCUGAUGCUGCUGGCGCUGGCCCAGGGUAGGGAGGUGAAGGAGUAUCCAGCCAGCCUGCCUGACUCCCUGCCCCCUGAAUUCCAGGACUUCCUCAACAGGUGUGUGUGCCUGAACGAUGCUGACCGCUGGAACACCCAGCAGCUGUUGGACCACCCCUUCAUCAAUGCUCCCCCUCCCAAGGCCCUGCCCCAGACACAGGAAGCCAGUCCAGAGGAUACUGGUGAGGACCUGGUGUCGUCUGUGCUGCCCUACAGCCACAUCCUCCACGCCCCCUUCAGCGUGGGAGUCCAGAGGCAGUUCUCCCGCUACUACAACGAGUUUGAGGAGCUGCAGCUGCUGGGGAAAGGAGCCUUCGGCGCUGUGAUAAAGGUCCAGAACAAGCUGGACGGCUGCUACUACGCUGUGAAGAGGAUCCAGGUGAACCCAGCCAGCCGGCAGUUUCGCCGCAUCAAGGGUGAGGUGACGCUGCUGUCGCGCCUCAACCACGAGAACAUCGUCCGCUAUUACAACGCCUGGAUCGAGCGGCACGAGACGCCCUCCACCUGCAGGCUCAGCUCCGACAGCUCCGGGACCCCCAGUGCCGCCCCCAAGCCUCCCCAGAGACGAGGCCUCUCACUUGGGCUCAGCCAGCUGGGCGUGCCUGACGAUGUGGAGGCCGAGGCUCCGUCUGCCCUGGCCAGCUCCGUGGAGUGGUCCACCUCCAUCGAGAAGUCAUCCAGCGCCAAGUGCAGCGGGCACCAGUGCAGCCGUCACCAGUCCAGCGACGACGAUGAUGAUGAAGACGAGGAUGUGUUCGGCGGUGCUUCCUUCCUCCCAUCGAACAGUGACUCAGAGAGUGACAUCAUCUUUGACAAUGGCGACCAGAGUGAGGACAGUCUGUCUCAGGUGGAGCCCAGCAAGAGAGGAACCACAGAGACCACAGAGAGUACAGACUCAGAGAGACCUCAGCUCAUCGCUCACUACCUCUAUAUCCAGAUGGAGUACUGUGAGAGGAGCACCCUUAGAGACACCAUAGACCAGGGUUUGCACCAGGACAGCAGCCGUCUGUGGAGACUGUUCAGGGAGAUCCUGGACGGGCUGGCGUACAUCCACCAGCAGGGGAUGAUCCACAGAGACCUGAAGCCCGUCAACAUCUUCCUGGACUCCCAGGACCACGUCAAGAUCGGAGACUUCGGUCUGGCUACGGACCUUCCUACUAACGUGGCUGCAGGUAAACUGGUCCAGGAAGAGGGAGGUUCCACUCUGAUGAUGAAACCAGACCCAACAGGAAACAUGACGGGCAUGGUAGGGACGGCCCUUUACGUUAGCCCGGAGGUUCAAGGAAACACCAAGGCCACCUAUAACCAAAAGGUGGACCUGUUCAGUCUGGGCAUCAUCCUGUUUGAGAUGUCCUACAGGCCUAUGACCACCAGCUCAGAGCGCAUCUCUGUCCUCAGUCUGCUGCGCACGGAAGCCAUUCAGUUCCCUGAAGACUUUGUGAAGUACGAGAGCGGAACCCAGAGGAAGGUGAUUGGCUGGCUGUUGACCCACGACCCUGCCCUGCGGCCCUCGGCCCAGGAGCUUCUGAAGAGUGAGCUUCUGCCCCCGCCCCAGAUGGAGGAGUCUGAGCUACAUGAGGUGCUGCAGCACACCCUGGCCAACGCCAACAGCAAGUCGUACCGCAGCAUGGUCACCCAGCUGUUCUCCCAGAGCACCUCACCCGUCAACGACUACACCUACGACAUCGACCUCCACAAGGGAAGCUUUCAUUUCAACGGUGCCAAAUUGCAGCAGUAUGUGCAUGAGACAAUCACCAGGGUCUUCAAGAAACACGGUGCUGUGCGUCUCCAGACACCGUUGCUCCUCCCCAGGAACAGGAAGCUGUAUGAGGGCAGUGAGCCGGCCUGCUUCCUGGACCACAGCGGCAUGCUGGUCACCCUGCCCUAUGACCUCCGGAUGGCCUUUGCACGGUUUGUGGCCAGGAACAACAUUUCACAUCUCAAGAGGUACAGCAUGGAGCGUGUGUUUCGCCCCAGGAAGCUGGACCGCGCUCACCCCAGAGAGCUGCAGGAGUGCGCCUUCGACAUCAUCGUCCCGGCAACCAGUAGCCUCCUGCCAGACGCUGAGACCAUCUACACCGUCUGUGAGGUCAUCCAGGAGUUCAGUGCCCUGCAGGAGAGGAACUAUCACAUCUACUUGAACCACACCAGUCUGCUGAAGGCCAUUCUGCUGCACAGUGGAAUCCCUGAAGACAAGCUCAGCCACGCUUCCAACAUCCUCUGUGACGCCAUGAGUGAGAAGCUGACCAGAAGAGAAGUGGAGGCCAAGUUCUGUAACCUGAGUCUAUCCAGUAACAGUGUGCAGACGCUGUAUAAGUACAUUGAGCAGAAGGGGGAUGUGCAGAACCUAGCGCCCCUGCUGGCCUCUCUGAUGGGGCAGAAGACGGCGGUGACCCAGCUGGCCAAGCAGGGUCUGAGAGACCUGGAGGACCUGACCUCUCUGCUCAGGCAGCUUGGCGUCAGGCUGCAGGUGGUGGUGAACCUGGGGCUGGUGUACAAGGUCCAGCUGCAUUGCGGGAUCAUCUUCCAGUUUGUGGCCUUCAUCAAGAAACGAGGGAGAACCGUGCCUGACAUAGUGGCUGCUGGAGGGCGCUACGACCACCUGAUUCUGGAGUUCCGUGGCCCAGCUUCGUCCAGUCCUGUCCCCUCGGCGGUGGGGGCCAGUGUGGCCCUGGACAAGGUGUGUGCCGCCCUGGCCUGCAUGGAGGAGCCGCCUCUGGUCAGCUGCUGUGAUGUUCUGGUGGUGCCGGUUGGCCACGCCUCCCUGGUCCGGGCUGUUAGCGUGGUGCAGAAGCUGUGGACGGCCGGCGUGUCCGCUGACAUCACGCAUGAUGUCACACAGUCCCAGGACAGCUUGGUGGAGCACUGCAGACAGGCUGGCAUCUCCUGCAUGGCCCUGGUCUCUGACAAGGAAGGCAACUACAUCAAGGUCAAGUCUUUUGAGAAGGACAGACAGUCAGAGAAGCGCAUUCCAGAGUCUGACCUGGUGGACCACAUCAUACAGAAAUUGACUAAAUGGACCAAGUUCUUUGAGGAAAGGAACAUGAGAGACUCUUUAGAGAGCGCGUGUCUCCAGAACCCUAAGGGAGCCCUCCUCAGCACCUCAGCUUCAUCAGAGCAACAUGGGAGCAUCAACAACAUGAAUGUGAACCUCAUACCUCCAGAGAAGCUGUCGUCCAGCGCUAGGCGACGAUACGAGACCCAGAUCCAGACCAGAUUGCAGAACCUUGGUAGCAAUUUGCAGAACAAGAGCAGUGACAUUGAAGUUUUGGCUGUCGACCUGCCGAAGGAAACGCUCAUCAACUUCCUGUCUUUGGAGUUUGACGGAGAGGAGCAGUUCAACAUCAGUGUGAAACAUCUGCUGUCGCGGCUGCCCAAGCAGCGCUACCUGAAAUCCAUCUGUGAGGAGAUUCAUACCUUCAAAAUCACCAAAAGGGUGGCGGUGGUGGUGUUGUACAGCUACAAAGACGACUACUACAAGAUUCUUCUGUGAAACUGAGGACGUACGACUGACACAGGACCAGCCCUGGAGGCUCAGUCUUCAGCUCGGCUGGCUGAAACAGGAUCCUUCUGAAAGCUGACAGCUUUAUAGGACUUGAACCCUCCAAAAAGAUUCAACCCAAAGGCAGAAGUGAACGAUAUUAAAACAGCAUCUGACCACAAUCAGCUGUUGUCCUUAGAUCCCCCCCCCCAGACUUGUAGAGCAGCUGGUGUCUCUACUUACCUGCCUGGAAUGGUUUUUGGGGGCUUUGGAACGUGAGGAAGGGCUUUCAUUCAAAGAUACUUUAGAAAAGAUAUAACGGUUACCUAUUUUUUAAGGUCUCGUGAUAAAACUUCUCAUUAAAUGCCUAUUUUUCCCUCACAGAAGGUGGUAUUUUUUGAGUGAGAAUGGCGGGUGUGUUGGGACAAGGAAUGCAUUUAGCACCGCACUUUGGAUCCAGCUGAAGAGUUUUAUGCUAACGAGCUAAGCUUUAUUGUCGGAGCUUUAACUAGUUGUACGAGUUUCUUAACAAUUUUCUUCAUGUUGAAAGUUGCUUCAAGGUAAUCCUUAAGGAAAGCGCUCUGGUCCCACAAGUUACAACUGGGCUAACAUUGAUUCUGUCAGUCGAGUUAGUCUUUGAAGAAAGAAAGUGUUUUAAAGCACCAUUCAACAUCCUCACCUUGAGCUUUAUGAGGUAACUGGUGACAGACAAGUCCAGACAAAGACAAGGACCACUGAGAAUGUCUUGAGCUAGUUCAGGUCUCUGGCUGGACGUUUUCCUGCUGCCCAGAGAGCUGCUGCUUCAGCUGCAGUGUGUUUCCUCCCUGCGGAGUGGGAGCAUACCGGAGUGAAUGAGAAACACUGUGUAUCCCUGGACACGUGCUACAGCAGUGAGAUAAGGAGACCAGCAUUGAGAUAAGGAGACCAGAAGUGAGAUAUGGAGGCCAGCAGUGAGAUAAGGAGACCAGCAGUGAGAUAAGGAGGCCAGCAGUGAGAUAAGGAGACCAGCAGUGAGAUAAGGAGGCCAGCAGUGAGAUAAGGAGACCAGCAGUGAGAUAAGGAGACCAGCCGUGGAGACGUGGGAGAGAGAAACCCCUUCACAGUCAAAUAAACAGAUGUGUGCCAGCCAUGGACUGUGUGCCAGCCAUGGACUGUGUGCCAGCCAUGGACUGUGUGCCAGCCAUGGCAGUGUUGCCAUGGCAGUGUUGCCAGUGUGUCUGCCUUGUACAUAGCAUCUUGUAGAAUGCUAAUCCUCUAGAAAGACAUGUCUCAACUGUGACACACAACUGGAAGGUCAAAUCACCUUUUUCAAUGCAUUUUAUUUUUCAAAAUAAGUGUAAAUGUUACAGUUAAACAUCUAAGAAACAUAUAUUUACAGUUUGCAACAGUAAAAUAAAUAAGCUUGUAUAAUAAAGCAGAUAGAAAUGGUAAAUGGUUUUAAAAUAUCUCAAAUGUACAGCAGCUUUGGCUACCAGGU